UUUACAAGGGUUGAAAAAAGACCUGUAGUCAUAAAAUCCCCUAAGCAGACGCUCCUGAUGUUCCACAGAACCUCUUUUUCAUCUCUCCCUGUUCAAAGAGAGAGAGAGAGAGAGAGAGGAGGAGAGAGAGGGAGAGAAAGUGAGCUCACGUUCACACAUUGGUAAAGAGGCUGGUCUUGCAAUGCCUUUGAAUAUUUUACUUUUAGUCAGUUUCCCAUCAGAGUCAGAGUCAUACAUGCACACACUGAGCUGAAGCAAACUACAGCAAUGGACAGCACUAGAAGAUUUGAAAUCUAAUCACAUGCAUUAUACCUCUUGGAUAUAUUUUUAAUUCACACACACACACACACACACACACACACACACUUCUACAUAUAUAUAUAUAGAUACAGAUAUAGACAGCGACAAUCUCAUCCACACCACCUCCAAACAAACACCUUUUUCUUUUCUCAGAGGAUACACAUACACACACAUCUCUCUUUAUCUCCUCCUGGCUUCCUGGAGGAUUGUGCCGGCUGUUUUUCAUGGAGAAAGUCCAGGGAGAAAUGGAGAUUGAGAGAUGGGAAAGGAGCGAAGAGCUGUCAGAUGCCGAGAAAAAGGUGAUUCAAGAGACCUGGAGCAGAGUGUACAUGAACUGCGAGGAUGUUGGGGUCUCCAUACUGAUCAGGUUUUUUGUCAAAUUCCCGUCUGCCAAGCAGUACUUCAGUCAAUUCAAGCACAUGGAGGACCCCCUGGAGAUGGAGAGGACCCCACAGCUGCGCAAGCAUGCCCGGCGGGUCAUGGGCGCUGUUAACACCGUAGUGGAGAACAUCAACGACUCCGAAAAGGUCUCAUCUGUUUUGGCCCUGGUGGGCAAGGCCCAUGCCCUCAAGCACAAAGUGGAGCCUGUCUACUUCAAGUUCUUCACCGGCGUCAUGCUGGAGGUCAUCGCCGAAGAAUAUGCCAACGACUUCACCCCAGAGGUGCAGAGAGCCUGGACCAAGGUGAAGAGCCUCAUCUACACCCACGUGACUGCCGCGUACAAGGAGGUGGGCUGGGUGCAGUAUCCAAACUCCACCAUGAGCCCCCUGGUGGCAGCGGCAGCAGCAAAGUGACAGAGCCUCCACUGCCAACCUGAAACACUGCUGUCCAUGAAGAGCAUCUUGCAUUGAACCACAACAGUGCCCAAGAGAACUGCAUCUGUCUCAUUUAAAGUGAUUAUUCAGUAUACGUAUAUUAGAACGUGGGAGAACUUCAGGGGAUUCCUGUAACCAGACCAACAAUGUUGUACACAUGCAUCAGCAUUUCCCUGACUACAGACAGUCAAUUUCAAAUCACUUGUGCUGUGACUGGGAAAAAAUAGCUUCCAUUUCCUGCUAUGACCAUUAGCAGAAUGAGAUCAUCUGGGAGUCAUGAGACCUUCUAUAGUUCCUGAGAAUGCCCUGCAGCGUGCAUUACGUUGAAUAAACACUGAGUUCUUUUAAAAAGAAAUUCCAGCCUUGAAGAAUGGGAAAGAUCUUCAGAUUACAGAGUUCCUAUCCUACAAAUAUUUACACAGAUAAGUAACUUUGCACCCAUACAUACUCACAUACUAAAAAGUUAUUUAUGACCAUCAGAGUUUUCAGGAUCAAGACUGUAUAUGCAUGAUCCAUUCUCGCAACAUCCACAUGAUAUAGCUGAUCACAGCCAAUCUGGCCUAGAUCUCAACUCUUAAUGGUGGACCUAAUUCUGACCUUACUUAAUCAACUUCCAAGUCAAUUUCUUUUAUUUACACUGAAUUAGCAUGAAGCAGAGUCAGACCCAGAUUAUACAUCAUUUUCAUGUUUUAAUUCUUUUCCUUAUUAUUAGGAUUGGAAGGAUUUGACUUUUAUCUCUGGCGAAACUCAAAAAGAAAUACUGAUGUUUAUUUCUAAAGCUUUUUCAAAUGAUUGACUAAAACGUUUUUUUCUUUAUUUCCCACUAAUGCAAACGUGUACUAGUUAUUCAAAAAAUGAAUGACUUAGAAGCUGAGAUUCAAAACAGAUUCAGAAAUAAAAUCAUGAUCAUAUUCCAUGAUAUUAAUGUACUUUUAUUUUAUUUUUAAGCAGAGUAGAAUAGUGAUUUUUUUAAUUAACACAAACACUUAUUAGCCUUUAAGUACUAUUUAAAAAUAAUUAACUUUCCUUUUUUUGUAAAUUUUAGUUACUAACUAUACAUAUUCUCUCUCUUCUUCUUCUAUUUAUUUAUUUAUUGGUAGAAGGAAAGAUUGACUCUACACAAAUAACAGCCAUAAACUUUCAGGCUAAACUGCUUUUAUUUUAGAUUAAAGGAAACAAAAGAAGAAACAAAAGUAAAGUUUCCCUGAGAGGGCACAGUGAGUACUUCUCUAUAACAAUCUGUACUAAAGUCUGAGAACAAAAUGGCUGUUGUCUCUGCCUGCAGGCUGAGCUCUUAGAUAUUGUAAGAUGCAGGACACAAAAUAAUGAAACGUAGGCUACUUCUACUCUAGGGGUGUAAUUCCCAGCUCACAUACACACAUUUGCACUAGCUCUCAGCAGUGUAGCUGCAGUAGCAGCAUGGGCUAGUCACCCUGAAUACAAACCCACACACAUGGGUAAGUACUGGGGGCAGCUAACCCACGCCGCUGCUUGCACUCCUGUGGCUUCACUACAAUUUUAAGCAUGCUAGCUCGAUAAGAACUAGUGCAAGUGUCGGCUUGUGCUGGGACUCACACCCCCAGCUCUAAGUGUAGACAUCACCAUCGUUCCAUAGCUACCAGCACCACACCAUCUACUCAGCCAAACCUAAUCCUUCCAGCCCUGUUCUAACCUGCCAAAUCCACAACUUGUCUGUCAUUUGAUUUGUCUGUCAAGUGUCAUGCACAACUAUGGGAUUGUAUAAAUAAUAAAUCCAUAAAUAUUAUUGUUAUAAAGUAUACUGUUACAUUACAAAGGUGAUUUUGGAAUGUGUGUGAUGCUUCGUUUUGGGUAUCAUUCUCCUAAUGAAAACACCCUCGUCUUCACUGUCCUA